CCCAGAGCAAUUGGUUGCUGCCAGCUCCUCUUCCGCUUCCCCAGCUCCCCACCCGCUCGCCGUGCGGCCGGGCCCGCUAGUUCCGCCGCUCGCCUACCUCCACACGCUAGCCAAUGGCGGCCGCCAUGCGGAGCGCCAGCCUCCUACGUCUUGGAUUCCGCCAGGUCUCCUCUCUGGUGUUCCAGGUGCCCCCUUGCUCGGCCCCGAGCCUGGGCCUGAACCUGGCCGUUGGCCGUGCCGGAUUGGUACGCCUCUGUUGCUCGGCGGCCGGGGCCGGCGACGACGGGGGCAAGAAGGUGUCGGCGCGGCUGGCGCUGACGCAGCAGGUGCUUCGCGACGCCGAGGAGCGUGCCGCGUCGGCUGGCUCUGACCCCGCCCCAAAGAUCACCCUGGAUCAUGUUACUGUUAAUUUUGCAAGAAGUGGUGGCCCUGGUGGUCAGAAUGUUAAUAAAGUAAAUACAAAGGUUGACAUGCGAUUCAAUGUUAAAGAAGCUCACUGGCUUGGAGAGAGAAUCAAGGAACGAAUAUUACAAGCGGAAAAGAAUAGGAUAAAUAAAGACGGUGAGCUUGUGAUAUCUUCUACAAAAACUAGAACACAGAAGGGCAACAUUGAAGAUGCUUUGCAGAAGAUACAGGCAAUUAUUGAUGCCGCAUCAUAUGUUCCUCCACCCCCUACAGAAGAGCAGAAGAAAAAGAUAGAAAAAAUUGCUGCAGUCGCUGAAAGGAAGAGACUUCAGAAUAAAAAAGUGCUUUCACAGAAGAAGGAAUUUAGACGGAACAGAACUAGCUGGGAUUGAUGGAAGGAACAUACCUUGCACAAAACGUCUCUGUUUCCUGCUAUUCCCCAGUGAACCUGGUGAACAUUUCAGCGUGGUAACUUCUGGUGUUUUCUUCCUAAUCUGUUUCUUGAUGGUUUAAAACUUAGUAUGAAUACCUUAUUGAUUCAAAUGGACUGGGUGAGUCUGCCAAAUGUCUUUUACUCAGCUUGCUCUUGGAUGUAGCAAAGCAUUCAGGGGUGUACAUAAAUCGACAUAUAAAAACAAGACAUGGUGAAGGCAUCUUUGGUGAAGAAGAACGCUCAGUUUCAUAGGCAUUGCCAGUUCUUGUUUCGUCCAUUGGGGACCGGCCUCUGCCGGGAAACACUGCUUGGGUCCUGAAACGCGGUAUACAUACCAGUCGUCCUGGUCCCUGAACUUAUCAGAUACGUACUAGAUAGUACACGUGUAACUGAGCACUCAUAUGUAAAACUGUAACAAUUUCCUUUUGGACUUUAGGCUGUGACAAUUUCUUUUGGGACUUUAGGCUGUAACAAUUUCUUUUUGAGGACUUAAAACUGUAAGAAUUUUUCUUGUUCGCCAAAUUCUAAUGUCAGCGACGCCCGUUGAAGCGCC